AUGCUUAAAUACUUGAAGUUAACUUUCAAGUUUGACACCACUGAACAGAUACUUCAACCAAUAUCAGGAUAUGAGGAUGAACCACUCAUGUCUUUAGAAGAAGCUUAUGGAAUUCUUCUUCCAUCAGACAUCUAUCUUGAAGUAAUUGACAAAUUCAGUUCGGCUGAUGAUUUGAACAUUAUUCAUCUUCGAGAAAUCGUUGCUCGAUAUAAAAUGCUUGCAGAUCCUUUCGAUCUUAGUAAACUAGAACAGGCUUUACCAUCAUUCGAAUCAUCAUCUUCAGAAAUUUCACACAAAGAUCAAGAAACACCACAACCUAGUGUACCAAAGAAAGCUUCAGUCUAUUCUCAAAAGCAGUUAAAAUGCUAA